AUGCCAUUGCAAAAUCCAUUCUCUCCGUCGCGGAUUCGACGGCGAAUAAGUCGUGAAACCCUCGAUAGUGACAAAACGUCGCCGGGUAGAGAAGGUAAAUUUGGAUGUCGGAGUGCUGCUUUUCAGAUGGACAACGAGGAAGCAUCUCCGAAUGGCAAGGACAACAGACCGUCUCUUACGAGAAGCAAGAAAAUGUCGAACAGGGCGGGGGACCAGCAGAGAGGAUUUUUAUCUUCCACAUCGGCUAAUUACAAUAGCCACGGGCUUCCUAAAACAAGAGAGAACAAACUGGAAAACUCACUCGGAAAUGUUCCAUCGUCUCCCCGUGAUGCUCGUGAGAUCGCUGACAUUGUUUCCCCAGCCUUGCCCUACAGCAAAAACUUUGGUAGCUUCGACCUCACUCUCUGCGAGGCCGACGACGGUCGAUGUGUCGUGCUCGUCGAGUAUGAAGACAGGGUCUUCCUUAACGGAAAACAGAUAUACAUCACGCUUGAUGGCAUAGUGGCAGACAGGGAUGGACACCCAGACAAAGAUCUCCAACGAAAUUAUGAAUGCGUGCUUCAAGAAAAACGGCGCAUGCGCAGGAACUCUGCGACAAAGACAAACAGUGGAGUUGGUCAAAGAAGUGGCUUGGCAAGGAAGAAAGCUCGGAACUUGUCAAGAAGUUUUGAACCUGGCCUGGCAACUCCUCUAUCUCGAUCAAAAAAGCAGGAGAUCUUCAAUGACUCAGGAACUGAUAUCGUCACUGAAAUGUCUGACAUCGAAGGGUCGUUUAGUGACAUCAUUGCUAGACUGUGUGAGGCAAUCCUCCGAUACAGCAACCGUGGUAAAGACGGGAAAAUUCCUGAAAACCAUCUGGGUGGCAAGCUCCCAAAAGAAGAGGUGUCGGGCUAUGUCAAUGCCACCCUGGACCGCCUAAUUGACCAGUUCCAAUCGGUGGUCGAGCUAAGUACGAACAUCGAUGACGAAGGUGACGAAAGAAACGCAAUUGUCGAUGACGACGCAAUGAUUGAAAAGUGGGUAGCUGAGGCUUUCAGCGAUACACACGGCGAAAAGGAUGAAAGCCAUAAGGUAGAGACAAAGGGCAAGACUGAAAAAUCUAACCAGAAGCCAUCGGGUGUCCGCACAGUAGGGACACAGGUCAAGGAAAGACGGGCGGAGAAGAAGGAUAAAGAAGGACAAACAGAACUGAGCGAAACGUUCAUAGAAAAGCUUGACAGGGGUGAACAAACAGAAAAACGAUUUACUGGCAUGACUGGUGAUGAAAAGCUUAUCAGGGAGCUACGAGAUGAGAAUCGUUUGCUUCAAGGAGAAGUGUUUGCCUUGGAAUCAGAAAUGCGUGAAAUACAGGAACAGCAGCAAGAGCUGGAAAAGAGAUUGGAGGAAGAGACGGCUGCUAAGUUGACAUCCAUGAAACAUCUCGCUGAGGUUGUCGCUAGCCGAAACAAUACCAAAGACGAGUCGACCAACACGAGAAAGAAACCAGGAGAUAGCAUCGGGAAGGAACUUGUCAAGACAAUGGAUAAAGAAGUAUCAUCGAAAACUUCAAUUGUACAUUGCACAACUAGUUCAACAAGCGUAAAUAGCCUGUCCAGUGUCACCAGUAGUGAGUCCGAGACUGCAAGUGUCGAGGAGAGCAGAGAACCAGGGGUUGGCAUGCGCCAAAGGAGUCGUGCUCUUAAAUCUGAGAUUGGCAGGUUGAGGAACGUCUAUUCAGAUGUGGAAGACCAGCUGUCAAAAUUAGCAGAGGAAAACACCAACCUUCGACUUCGCAUAGGGAAGUUGAGCCGGGAGGCUAAAGAUAUGAAAAAUCACAUGGAACAAACAGAACUGGCAUGCGAAGAGUAUCAAGAAGAAAUAAAAAAUCUUGACAAGGUAAAUUCUCAAUUGGAAAAGAAGGUUGCAGGAAUUAGCAAAGAAAAGAUUUUCGUAGAAGAGAAACUCGACGCUGCGAAUGACGAGUUGACAAAACUGGACUUAGAUCGCCGAAGGGCUGAGAGGGAACUCCUCGAACUUAAUAAGAAACAUGAAAGCCUGUCAAGAGAGAAACAUAACUUGAGUGAGGAGUUUGGAAAACUGGAGAAAUCUCACUUGGAAGCAAGCGCCAAAGCAGCAAAGUUAUCAAAGAUCAGUGCUGAAAGUGAGGUACAACUAGGGAUCCUACGAGGACAGAUCGGGGAUAUGACCAUCGAAACAAAUCAACUUCGUGGAGAGAAUCAGGCUAAUUCAGACGCCAGGCAGAGGGCUGAACGUGAGAAUCGGAAGCUGGCAUCUGAUCUGAAAGCAACUCGCAAGAUGAGCAGUGAACUCUCUGCUGAGGUCCAUCAAAUCAGAUCGAAGGUGGACGCCUUAGAAGAUACUGUUAAUCAUCUGGAGUUAGAGAAUGCUCAACUCAAGGAGAAGAAUGUUCAUCUAGUUGCUAGUAAAGACGCACUGGCCAAGCAAGCUUCUGAUGCGGAAGCUAGGAACAUCACGAUAGUCGAAAGCCUCAAAGAACAGGAAUCGGAGUUGUACAAGCUCAAGAGAGAAAAUUUCGAGCUGCGAACAACUGUCGAACACAUAAACAUGAUUAAUGCAAGCAUCCGAACGAGAUUGGACAAUUGGGGAAAAGAAAGUGUUGAUAUUGGAAAGAGAAUGAAGCACUUGGUUGGAGUCAAGGCAGAGCUGCAGAGUUUUAUUCAACAGCUUAACUCUGUCAAUACCAACAUUGAAGAACGCUUUGAAAAGAUGGACUCUGAAUAUGCUGACUUAGAGCGUAAGUUACAGGCAGUAGGCAAGAAAGACAACUGCGUUGAUGCCCAAGAGGUCAUCCGUGAUUGCAUGGCUAAUGGCAAAAAUUCACCAAUCUUGCAAGAAAUCGACUGAACUCUCAGUUUCCUUUCUAUCAAUAUGGGAGCUGUCACCAAUGACCAAAAAUAACUUGCCCACAAUGAACUGUUUAUUGCCUUUUGUGGACCCCGAACUCAGUGAUGCCCCAUGGUGAUUCAUCAAAGAAUCAAGAGAAAACUCAUGCGUGAGGGAAGUGCACACUGAAAUAUACGUGAAACCGUCCAUAAAUUCUGGUGACUAAAAAACCCUUUCUAUCUCGUCUUUUAGGUAACUUUACAACUUCUAAUAUG